GACAUUCUUUUGUCUUCCUAGUACAAGCAUUUCCCAUUAUAUUUGAAGGACUUUGGGUCCCGUAAGCCUGUUCUUACUACAGACAGCUGUGCCGUAUAGGUGCGGAAGCUGAAGUCAGCUGAAUUCCAACUUUCAAUUGGCCCCCAAACAGCACCAUAUUUAUAAGGCUGAAACAUGCCCAACCGAAGGAAACGUCGCAUUCUUCCUGUUUUAUCAUUUACGUUGUAUAGAAACACAAACUGCCCGAGUUCCUGUACUCUGACACUUUAGUCGCCCUAUACAUCGGAGCAACAGCGUGCUUCAGUGAUCAAUUGAAUCAUACAAUGUUGGCUCCUACUCGAGCGUGUACGAAUUGCAGUUUGCGCAGAAAGAAGUGCGAUAGGUCUUUACCGCAAUGUGUUCGGUGUGUUAAGUCUGGUAAAGUUUGCCCAGGAUACUCCAGUGAAACGACAACAAAGUUCCGUGAUAUGACCCAGAUCUCAGAACGAAAGGUUCGAUCAAGGACUGCAACUACAGGUCGAGGUCACGAGAAAAGUAUUCCGAGUGCGGGCGAGAUAUUUUCAAACAGUUCCUCGGUUGCCCUGCAUGGGUUUUCGAAAGCGCAACUCGAUGCCUUCCAGCGACCUCGGAUUGGUAUGCAAGAUGAAAUCGCCCGCCCUUUAUCUACAAACUGGCACGAAACAGCUAUCCCCCGCUUCUUCGCCGAUUACGUUUCUCCCUCAAACGUGCUUAACGGGGGCAGCUUCCACUUUCUCCUGGAUCUGUGUAACCAACAGAUGUGUAAUGUUCAUUUUGACGAGGCUCUUCGGGCAGUGGCCUACAUGAGCCUCGCCAAUCAAUUGGGCAAAAAUAAUCUAUCUGUCGAAGCUAGGAAGCUUUACGGUAGCGCAAUCAUAAGAGUGGCAACGAAGGUGCAAAACGUCGAGGAAGCGCUGGACGACGCAAUUCUGGCGUCAUCUUUCCUCUUUAGUUUGUUUCAGAUAAUCUCCAUUCAGGCGGUGCCGAAAGGAUUUUGGAACGUUGCUCAUGAUUCCGGGCGCAUAUCGCUAUUACGUGCUCGAGGCCAACGAAAAUCCAGUGGUUCAGCAUCACUAAACAUUCUAGGUCUUGUCUUAGCGCAUAACAUGCAUAGCCAGCCACCAAAACCCGCCCGAGGAACUACUAGCAUGGAUCAGCCAGUCCAGCAUGACGGACUUCGAGCAUGGUACUCCAUGCACACAAUUCUUGAAGUGCGCUUGGGGCAUUGCAAAAUUUUGCGCUGCAGCUCAAGGACUAUUCGAUAGCACCGAGAGAGAUGCGCAAUGGAUUCUAAAUUUACUAAAUGUUGUCAAAGACGGAGUAGAGAUCGAGAACAGAUGUAAACAGUGGAGCGCUUCAACGUCCAAAGAAUGGGUUCGAUGGAGCUAUGAAAUUUGCCGUCCACGAUUUAUUGAAGCCAACAUAUCUCAGAGAUAUCCACCGCAAGU